AUGCAGAGCCCAAGACAUCGUCGCACUAGAAGCCGUGGUGAAGGCGGGCUCCUUUCCUCGCCUGAGGUGCCCAACAAACGCAGAAAGGUUAGCCUUACCGAUUCGCCGCCUCCUAACACUCGUGAAAUCCCCAGUCAGUUCAUUCCGCUCACCUCAACACAGGUUGACUCGUUCUCGAACUCUGUUCAACUGUCCGAAUAUCAGGUCAACCAUAUCAUAUCAGGCCUUGGUGCCCCUUCCAAUGAAGUGGUCGCCGCCCAUGAUCAUGCGAACGAUAAGAACGCUCGUGAUCACCGGGACGGCGUCACCGCCUACGCAAAAAUUUGUGGUAGAGACUGGACAUAUUAUGUCAAAGAUCUCAAGAUCUCCAUAGGCCGGCCGCCAGACUCACGCCCACCACUUCCUGCCCCGGCCGAGAAAGAAGUUGACAUUGACCUCGGCCCGAGCAAAUUGGUUUCUCGAGAGCAUGCCGUGAUCCAGUACGACACGGUGGAAUAUAGGUGCUGGAUCUUGGAAGUUCUAGGGAGGAAUGGUGUUAAAGUCGACGAUGAGCAGCACAAACGAGGGACCACGGUUCCGCUCCGUAGCGGGAGCAUGUUCGAAAUCGCCGGUGUGCAGAUGUUGUUUGUCCUGCCCGACCAAGCUCCAGCUGUUGUCGACAGUGUGCUCCGUCGCGCCCAAGAAAUCCAAGCUGAAUAUUUGCCAGAGCACGACUCCCAGGAAAAUCAUUUAGAAUCGACACAGCUAUCAUCUGAAUCUGGUUUUCUUAAAUCAAAGAGGAAACCGACCAACUUGAAGAGGAAAUCCGAAAUACAGUCUUUAGGCGGUCAGCCCCCCAGUAGUUCAGGUAGUCAGGCAGCCAAUAUAUCCCAGUCAACUGCCGCAAGCGCGGCUACGCUGAACAAGGAGCUCCAUACUAGCCCUAGCUACCAUCGAGGCUUAAUGCUUGAAUCCACAGAGGAUAUCGAUUACUCUCUAGAGUCAUCAAAGGAAAUUAAGCCUCCGUUGAGUUAUGCUAUAUUGAUUGCGCAAGCAAUUCUAUCAAGUUCGGACCAAAAAUUGACAUUGGCGAACAUAUACGCUUGGAUCCAAGAGAACUAUGCCUUCUAUCGAUUUGCAGCCUCUGGGUGGCAAAACUCCAUCCGCCAUAACCUAUCCCUCAACCAAGCCUUCCAAAAGGUCCCACGGAGGACAGACGAGCCCGGGAAAGGCAUGAAGUGGCAGAUAGCCCCGGACUAUCUAGAGGAAUACACGAAAAAGAUACAAAAGGGCACCGUUAGCAAAGCAAACAAGGUCCUCUCUCCGAAUCUUAAGUCACCCACGAACAAUAACACGAAGGGUUCCUUCCCGACCAGCUCGUCCUCUCGCCCUGGAACCUCCACAAGUCAGAAGACAAACAAUGGCUCUAUCCCUCGCUCGGUCACCCCCCCUCCUCCACACUCAGCAUUGGGGCCUACCCCGGCGGCGCCGAAGGAAGCAUUUACCCCUGAUCGCAGCUCGCGCCCGACAAGUAAAAAUAAGACACAGUCACAGAGUAUCCAAAAAGAGACUAUAGGCGAUGCAUCAAUCGGCGAUCUACCGGUAUCACCUUCGGAGGACAGGCCUAACCGAAUGGCUAGCUCUCCUUUCGUUGAUAACUUUAAUUCCACCGGUGCAGCCAUCACCCCGGCACCCCAAAAACAAAACCCGCAUCUGGCUCCACCAUCCAUUAAUCAAUUGCCAUCUUCGUAUCUACCGACAUCAUCUCCAGCCCCCUUUUGGAAAUAUCUCAACUUCCUAACCCCCGGGCGACCAGAUCACAGCUCACCUAUUAAAAGCCCACAUCUCCGAAGUAGUAGCCCACCAGAGCCGCUUCCUCCAAUCGCAAGUAAACUUAGGGAGGCUGGAAGUCCAGUGAAAGAUAAAGAUAAUAUUUUUCGGGGUAAACACAGUCCGGUCAAAUCCGAGCUGCCCAACCCACCGACCAACGCCGACGGCGAUACAGACACGGCGGAUACUGAUGAUUUUGCUGGUAUCGAUCUUUCAAGGUAUGGUACUACCCUAGACCCCCGUUUUGUACUCAUGCCAAAUAUCUAA